AUGUCGAACCCUUGUACCUGUGCUCUGGAGUUACUGGGUAUGCUUGUUGGUGCAGUCGCCUGGUUCUGCUCACUGUCUACCACCCUCAUGUCACAGUGGAUGACACUCUCUACGGAACUCCUGGCCGCUGAGAGCUACGAGAAAGGUUUGUGGGAGACGUGUGUGGUGCAGGAUGUAGGGGGUAUGGAAUGUCGGCCCUACGACACUCUGUUGGGCCUCCCACAAGACAUUAAGUUGGCCCGGAUCUUCAUGUGCAUCUCUGACGCCAUAGGUCUCCUGGGCUUCUUCGUCACCAUUCCUGGGAUCAGCCAGGUAAAAUGCUGCACAAGUCAUGAGGCCAGAUGGGCAAAGAGAGCGACGAAAAUCACCGGCGGAGUCAUGUACGUUCUGGCCGGCAUCCUGGGGCUCAUCCCCGUGUCCUACGUCGCCCACAACACGGUCUUGCAGUACUUUGACCAGAAGCUGCCCGACGUGAUUCCACGUUGGGAAUUUGGCGACGCUCUGUUCAUUGGGUGGUCGGCUGGUUUCCUCCAUAUCGUUGCUGGGCUGCUGCUUUUUGCCUCCUGCCUCGACUCAACGAGGAGUGAACCCCGAUUUCUCUACAACCAUCGUAGACAUGAGCUCAGGACAACUGACACAUCUGCUAAGAAACACUCAGAGUAUGUCUGA